AUGGAAGUGGAAAUUGGGUUUACCCUCUAUUCUGGAAGGGCUGGCGAACAGAGUCUAUCGUACGAACACUUAAGCCGAUGCUCUAAAGACGAUGAGGCGCUUGUAGUGGUUCAACAAUUUGGAAAGCCCCUACUAUUGGGCUUUGUGAUUGAUUAUUUCAGCGGGGCCAAUUACAUGAGCUACCAACAUGCCUGUAUGGCUGCGGGUGGUAUAGUAGUUUGCUCAGCCCUGUACAUCACACUACACCACCCGUGCCUAAUGCGUAUCCUACAGGUGGGCAUGAGAUUGCGUAACGCGUGCACUACUCUCAUGUAUCAAAAGUGUUUAAAACUGAGCCAAUCAUCGCUGGCGAAGACAACAGUCGGCCAAAUAAUCAAUAUUAUGUCCAACGAUGUCAACCGGUUUGAUGAGUUUGCAAUUUCAAUGACCUGCGUGAUUGUGGGGCCCAUACAAGCCGUACUAGUUAUUUACAUAACAUGGACAUAUUUGGGCAAUUCAACGGUGGUGGGACUGGGCCUGUUUGUACUCUACAUACCAUUUCAGUUGAUCAUGGGUAAACUAUUUUCGCGCUGCAGGUUGGAGGUAAAUGACAUACGCAAAGUGUGUUAUUUAAAAGCGAUUAAUCUGUCACUAUUCCUGAUAGCCACCAAGAUCAUAUUGUUUUGCUGUUUCCUGACGUACGUACUAUUAGGUCACGUUCUCAGUUCCAAGAGUGUGUUUGUCACAAUGGCCCUGUUCAAUAUGCUCCGAAUCACAUUAACAUGGAUAUUUCCCCAGGGUAUUGCCCAAGGGGCUGAGCUCCUGGUCACUUGUCGAAGAAUACAAAGCUCACUGUUAAUGACACUGCUCCGGGAAUUGGAGCUAUUAAGUGGAUCUAUUCAUAUGAACGGCACCGUUAGUUACUCAGCACAAGAGCCGUGGAGUUUCAACAAUAGUGUCCGAAAUAACAUAUUGUUUGGCCGGGAAUACAACGAACGCCGGUAUAGAGAUGUGGUACGAGUGGCGGCACUCGAGCGGGAUUUAAAAAUAUUCCCGUUCGGCGAUCGGACAUUAGUGGGCGAAAAAGGUGUGUCACUCAGUGGUAGACAAAAAGCGAGAAUAACGUUAGCAAGAUCUCUGUACAGAAACGCCGACAUAUGCCUUAUGGACGACCCGUUAUCGGCUGUGGACGCGGCCGUUGCCGAACAUAUAUUUGAACAGUGUAUAGUGGACUACUUGGGGCCCAAAAUCCAAAUACUAGUCACACAUCAAAUCCAAUUCAUACGAAAGGCUACGAAAAUCCUUGUGUUAGACGACGGAAAGUGUUUAGCUUUGGGAACGUUUGACGAACUGUUGGCCAAAGGGUUAGACUUUAUGGCACUCAUCGACGGCGACGACGACGACGAGGACGCGGACGCAGUGGUGGCCGAAAGCGAGGGCUCGAGUAAACAAACCUCUGUUAUUGAGGCUCAGGAGGAGGAGGAGGAGGAGGAGGCGCCCCAAAUACAGGACGAACAGCAGACAGUGGGCUCUAUCGGGGGUCGGACAAUUUUUCACGCGUCGGAUCUAUGGCUAAUGCAAUGGACUAACAACGAGGAAACACAGUCGAAAGAGAAAAAUAAUUUUGCCCUGAUCAUUUACUCAGUACUAAUUGUGGCGCUACUGCUGUCAACAAUGGUCCGGUCGAUGACAUGGUUUGCCAUUUGUAUGAUUGCCUCCAAACGUCUGCACAACACUAUAUUCAUACGGCUAUUGAGGGCACCGAUGGCUGUGUUUGAUAACAAUCCCAUUGGUCGUAUACUAAAUCGAUUCACUAAGGAUCUGGGUAUUAUUGACGAGAUGUUGCCAUCCACAUCAUUUGAUUUGAAUCUGACCGUAUCGCAAGCAAUAGGCAUACUAGUGGUGGUGUAUAAUAAACCCCUAUUUAAUAAUACCGAGUGUAGUGCUGUUUGCGCUGACAAUAGCCGUCCGCGGGCUCGUAAUCCAGUGUAUUCGCACGUGAGCACCACACUUAACGGGUUGGCCAGUAUCAGGGCUUACGGCGCUCAACAGGCAUUUCGUAACCAGUUUUACACCUACCAAAACGACCAUAGUGCCACUUGGUUUGUUUUGCUGGGAGCGUCGCCCCUUAUGCUGACGGGUCAGACACAGUUCGGUGUGAGACAGUCGGCGGAGUUGGAGAGUCAGAUGACUUCAGUCGAGCGCAUCAUUGAGUACACAAAACUACCGCAAGAGGCGGACCUACUGUCCACUCAAGACAACACACCCGACCCUCAGUGGCCACAGACCGGGGGUAUAGUCUUAGACCACAUGUCGCUCAUCUACGACAGCGCACCCGACAAACCGGUGCUCAAAGACAUCACGUGUGAGAUAAGGGGCGGCGAGAAGAUCGGUAUCGUUGGCCGCACGGGUGCGGGCAAGUCGGCCCAUAGGCUUAACACUAUUAUCGAUUGCGAUAGAGUUAUGUUUAUUAAUAUUAGUCCCCAAAAGAAGUCAUGA